UUCCGGAAGUUGUCUAAACUAAAAAUGCUAAAAAUGUACACUCAACGAUUUUAGCUGAAGAAUAACAGGUUUGGACAUAACAGUCGCUGGUGAUGAAACUCAAGGAGUUGGAGAGUUGCCUGCAGCAGGUGGACGCGUUUGAAGAGCCAAAAAUCCUUCUGGAGCAAUAUCCAACCAGUCCUCAUAUUGCUGGUGAGGUGACAGCGCGUGAUCAUCACACACGGAGCACGUUUGAUGACAUCGAGGGUAAACUGGUGGCAGAUCUGGGAUGUGGCUGUGGAGUCCUCAGUAUCGGGGCUGUGAUGCUUGAUGCAGGUUUGUGUGUUGGCUUUGACAUUGACAACGACGCACUGGACAUCUUCCGAAGAAAUGCAGAGGAGUUCGAGAUCUCUAACGUGGAUCUGGUCCAGUGUGACCUAUGCUCUCUGGAGGCAGAGGCGUACGCAAAAAAGUUUGACACCGUAAUCAUGAAUCCACCAUUUGGGACAAAACACAAUCAAGGUAUGGACAUGAAGUUCUUACGGGCAGCUCUGACAAUGGCAAAAACAGCUGUGUAUUCGCUCCACAAAACAUCAACACGAGAGCACAUACAAAAGAAGGCUAAUGACUGGGGAGUGAAGAUGGAAGUAAUAGCAGAACUAAGAUAUGACCUGCCAGCGUCUUACAAGUUUCACAAAAAGAAAUCGGUUGACAUCCAGGUGGACUUCCUACGAUUCUCCAAAGCCUGAAGCUUUCACUGGAAUGGAUUUAAGUUGCCUCUGUAUUUUCACUGUUUAUAAUAAAUGUUUUCACAAAAGAAAAAUUCUGGAUGUGACCUCAUGACUAUGAUCCGUUUUCUGUUUUGGCGACCUUGGC